AGCAUCUGGGAAGUUGAUUCUCUGGGGAGGUCAAGCCAAGCAGAACUUGGUUCCGGAUAGGGGUGGCGCGGAGGCGUGUCCAGUGCCCCUUAGCCCUCCCACGUCCCCGCCUCCAAGCCCGCGGAUUCGCUUUCGGUUGGACAGCUGAGUGUCGGGGGAUGUGGAGUCGGAACGAGCAGCAGAUGUCGCUGCCCUUGGUUCCCAGCUGGGCCUGACACCUGGCCCUCCCUAGCAACUCCUACCACUUCCUGCCCAGGACUCCCAGAAGCUGGAGGGAAUGCGGGAAUGUCCUGGAAGGAAGAGCGAUCUGGUGGCUGAAGGAUGACCACGCUCACGCGACAGGACCUCAACUUUGGCCAAGUGGUGGCCGACGUACUCUGCGAGUUUCUGGAGGUGGCCGUGCACCUAAUCCUGUAUGUGCGCGAGGUCUACCCGGUGGGCAUCUUCCAGAAGCGCAAGAAGUACAAUGUGCCAGUUCAGAUGUCCUGCCACCCUGAGCUGAAUCAGUAUAUCCAGGACACGCUGCACUGUGUCAAGCCACUCCUGGAGAAGAAUGACGUGGAAAAAGUGGUGGUGGUCAUUUUGGAUAAGGAGCAUCGCCCAGUGGAGAAGUUCGUUUUUGAGAUCACUCAGCCGCCCUUGCUAUCCAUCAGCUCAGACUCCCUGCUGUCCCAUGUGGAGCAGCUGCUGAGAGCCUUUAUCCUAAAGAUCAGCGUGUGUGAUGCUGUCCUGGACCACAACCCCCCAGGCUGCACCUUUACAGUCCUGGUCCACACCAGAGAAGCUGCCACGCGCAACAUGGAAAAGAUCCAGGUGAUCAAGGAUUUUCCGUGGAUCCUGGCAGAUGAGCAGGAUGUCCACAUGCACGAUCCCCGGCUGAUACCCCUAAAAACCAUGACGUCAGACAUUUUAAAGAUGCAGCUGUAUGUAGAAGAGCGUGCUCAUAAAAGCAGCUGAGGGAUCACCUGCCCCCCCAUUGCCCAGCUGUCAGACUCUGGGGCCCAGCCCAUGGUGGCUCUGCGGUGCCCCCCUUGACUGCAAGUGCUCUUACUGCCUUGGCGUUGGCUGCUAUCUGGCCCAGCUGCUUGGCCCCACUUGCCUUCGUGGAGCUGGUCUGCCCAGAAGACCAGGGAAGGAUGCCAGGACCGCCAUCUCCCAGCCUCCAAGGGCUCAGUGGCUCACACUGUCUAUCUCAGAUACUGUGCUGUGAGUUGUUUAUUGUGAAUAAAGGGCCCAAAGGGC